GCAGGAAAUGACAGAAAACCUGAAUACGGAACUGAACUGAAGCAGCAGCUCAGUUUCUUGCUCUGAGGUGGCAGCAGCCAGAGAGGAGCUGAGUGUCUACGUGAGGAGCUGGGAGCUGAGAGUGAACGCUUGCACUGUUAAAGAUGUGGAAGUCUGUAGUAGGGCAUGAUGUAUCUGUUUCCGUGGAGACCCAGGGUGAUGACUGGGACACAGACCCUGACUUUGUGAAUGACAUCUCUGAGAAGGAGCAACGGUGGGGAGCCAAGACCAUCGAGGGCUCUGGACGUGCAGAGCACAUCAACAUCCACCAACUGAGGAACAAAGUGUCAGAGGAACAUGAUAUUCUCAAGAAAAAGGAGAUGGAAUCAGGGCCCAAAGCAUCCCAUGGCUACGGAGGUCGGUUUGGGGUGGAAAGGGACCGCAUGGACAAGAGUGCUUUGGGCCAUGAAUACGUUGCUGAGGUAGAGAAGCACUCUUCUCAGACUGAUGCUGCCAGAGGCUUUGGGGGCAAAUACGGAGUUGAGAAGGACAGAGCAGACAAGUCAGCAGUUGGCUUUGAUUACAAAGGAGAAGUGGAGAAACACACAUCUCAGAAAGAUUACUCUCGCGGCUUUGGUGGCCGAUACGGGAUAGAGAAGGAUAAACGAGACAAGGCCGCUCUGGGAUAUGACUACAAGGGAGAGACAGAAAAACAUGAAUCCCAGAGAGAUUAUGCCAAGGGCUUUGGUGGUCAGUAUGGAAUCCAGAAGGACCGAGUGGAUAAGAGUGCUGUUGGCUUCAAUGAAAUGGAGGCCCCAACCACAGCUUAUAAGAAGACAACACCCACAGAGGCUGCUUCUAGUGGUGCCCGGGGGCUGAAGGCAAAAUUUGAGUCCAUGGCUGAGGAAAAGAGGAAGCAGGAGGAAGAAGAGAAGGCACGGCAGAUGGCCAGGCAGCAACAGGAGAGAAAGGCCCUGGUAAAGACAAGCCACAUGGCUCAGCAGCCCGUGGCCACUUCGGAGGAGCCGGUGGCACCAGCCCCAUUGCCCAAGAAAAUCUCCUCAGAUGCCUGGCCUCCAGCAGGGAGUUGUCCAUCGUCAGAGCCUGAGCCCGUGAGAACCAGUAGGGAACACCCAGUGCCUGCCCUGCCUUCGAGGCAGCACCCCCCAGAGGACAAUGAGAAGCCCCCAGCUCUGCCCCCCAGGACUCCAGAAGUCUUCCAGCUGGAAGAAGAGCCAGUGUAUGAAGAGGCACCUGAGCCCGAGCCCGAGCCCGAACCUGAGCCCGAGCCCGAGCCUGAGCCUGAGAAUGACUAUGAAGAUGUUGGGGAGAUGGACAAAUGUGAGCAGAAUGAUGAAUCAGAGGGGGACUAUGAGGCUGUGAUCGAGCCUGAGGAUCCUUCAUUCUCCUCCACUCUGGCUGGAUCAUCAGGCUGCCCGGCUGGGGCUGGGGCUGGGAUCUCAGCUGUGGCCCUGUAUGAUUACCAAGGAGACGGAAGUGAUGAGAUUUCCUUUGAUCCAGAUGACAUCAUCACUGACAUUGAGAUGGUGGAUGAGGGCUGGUGGCGGGGACGUUGCCACGGCCACUUUGGACUCUUCCCUGCAAAUUAUGUCAAGCUCCUCCAGUAACUGUCCCCUUCUGUCUUCUGCACUGUGACUUUCCAUGUCCAAAGUGGCUCUGCCUCCACCCCUUCUCCAUCCCUGCUGCAAGUGUCUAACAGGAUGUCAUGAGUUGCCUGAAGUUCUAGACAGACUUCCCUCUCCCUCUCCAUUAGGGUGUGGGGCAGAGACAGUAUGAGGAAAAGGGUCUCCAUCCCCUCAGUGUCCUCUCUACCUUGGAUGAAUUCAGGAAUGUUUAUACUGUGGUCCUGCCUUCUUCCCCAUGACUGCCACCUCAAACCCCCCAAGCUUUUCCUUCCUUUGCAGACUCUGAGCUUCCUGGGUUGCUUAUCUGGGAAGGUAUAUCUAUAUUGCUUGACUUGCCUGGUUGUGCUAUUUGUUCAAUUUCCUUCUCUGCAGAGAUAUCUCUGAAUCUUCUCUCUGCUCAGUCCUCAAUUGGAAAUAAAGUAGGAUCAUGACUCA